AUGGCUAAAGGAAGAAAGACACCAGCCAGCUCAGGAGACAAGACUAUGAUACAGAAUCCAAAGCCUGUUUUUACCAAGGUCUCAACACAGACUCAUCUGGAUCGUAAGCUCUCAGUGUGCAGCAAGCUGUGUUUUGCUAUUGGAGGGGCACCAAAUCAAGUUGCUGGAAGUGCAACUGCAUUUUUCUUACAGAUAUACCUGCUAGAAGUUGCCCAGAUCAACCCAUUCCAGGCCUCCUUGGUACUAUUUGUAGGGAAAGCCUUGGGCGCUGUUACUGACCCCAUUGUGGGAUUCUUCAUCACUAAAAGCCGAUGGACCAAAAUUGGUCGACUCAUGCCAUGGAUGGUGGGCUCUACUCCAUUUACUGUCGUUUCCUAUUUCUACUUAUGGUUUGUUCCCCCUUUUAUCAAUGGACAGUUCAUAUGGUAUCUGGGCUUCUACUGCCUCUACCAAACUCUCAUCACAUGUUUUCAUGUGCCAUACUCAGCGCUGACCAUGUUUCUGAGUACAGACCAGCAAGAGAGAGACUCUGCUACAGCCUAUCGUAUGACGGUGGAAGUCUUGGGGACGCUGCUUGGUGCUGCCAUCCAGGGCCAGAUCGUAGCCAAGGCUCACACUUUGAAACACUGCCCCCAUAAUAAUGUCUCAGCUGGUCACCUGGAAAACAGUAGUGGAACAGAAGUCAUCAGAAGCCUGGCUCUGUCACAGGACUUCCUGUCACGUGCUAAAGAGGUGUACAUGAUUGCUGCAGGGGUGAUCGGGGCACUUUUCCUCCUCUGUACUGUGAUCAUGUUCCUUGGGGUUAAAGAAAGAGACGAUCCAUAUGCACUGAAGACGGAGAAGCCAAUUCCUUUUCAUAAGGGCUUAGUUCUGGUGAUGAGACACGGACCGUAUCUCACGCUUACAGCAGCUUUCCUCUUCAUAUCUGUGGCCAUCCAGCUGAUCCAGAGUAACUUUGUGCUCUUUUGCACAUAUGCGGUGGACCUUCGGGAUCACUUUCAAAAUAUAGUGCUGACAAUUCUGAUGUCGGCAGCACUGAGCAUCCCUUUCUGGCAGUGGUUUCUGCAGAGGUUUGGCAAAAAGACAGCAGCCUUCUGUGGCAUCACGUGGAUCAUGCCCUUUACCGUGGCACUGGCAUUCGUUCCAAGCUUGGUGGUGGCCUAUGUGGUGGCAGUUUCUUCUGGACUGAGUGUAGCUGCAUCACUACUUUUACCCUGGUCAAUGUUACCAGACGUAGUGGACGACUUCAGACUGGCAAAUCGCAACUCAAAAGGCCACGAGGCAAUCUUCUAUUCCCUCUACGUUUUCUUCACCAAGUUUGCGGCGGGCAUCUCUCUGGGAGUGUCUACUCUCUGUUUAGAAUUUGCAGGCUAUAAUACAGGCGCAUGUAGGCAGCCUAAUGCAGUAGGCUACACUCUGAAGCUCCUGAUUGGCAUGGCCCCGGUGGUGUUUAUAAUCACGGGCCUUAUGAUCCUCCUGCUGUAUCCUAUCAGUGAAGAUGUGAGACUGCGGAACAAACUGGCACUGGAGGAGCUCAGGUGA